GCUGCGCGAGCUCACAUCGAGUGUGCGCGAGCGCCUUCACUUUCUACUGCUGUCGAUCAACCGAAUUUAUCCCAUUUAUUUACAUAUAAAACAGCGAAAACAGGCACACAUCAGACGCCUGCGUGGGAAAAGCUAUUUUAAGCGUUAUUCUUUCCGUCCUGCUUCUGGAAUGCGGGAGAUGGACAGAUGAAAAAGUUUCGCUGUUUUGGUGGUUGAGGGAGUUUUGAUACGGGCGAUGAGUCCUGUGAAGAGAUUUUACACAUCCGACUGGAAAAACACGGAUUUAUCGCCCUUAUCAACAUAAAAAGACACUCGGUGAGCUCACCCUUAGAGAAAUGACUAUAGCAGCUGAUCUCUCUCUGUAACACAAACUCAUGCUGGAUGUUAAGGAUGUUGAGGUGUGACGGUACUGUGUUGACGAGUAGAGCAGAAUCGUUGAUGGCUGGCUGUAGGGGUCCAAUGGUGUGUUGACGGCGACAUGGGGAGCUGUUGUAGCUGUCCCGAGAAAGAGAUCGACCUCAACCAUCACAACAAGUUCAAGGUGAUAAACGUGGAUGAUGAUGGCAAUGAGCUUGGCUCAGGAGUGAUGGAGUUAACCGAGGAAGAGCUCAUUCUGCACACCCGCAAACGAGAUGCUGUCAAGUGGCCCUACCUGUGUCUGCGUCGCUAUGGUUACGACUCCAACCUCUUCUCUUUUGAGAGCGGCCGGCGCUGUCAGACUGGUCAAGGGAUCUUUGCAUUUAAGUGCGUUCGGGCGGAGGAGAUCUUCAACAUGUUACAGGACAUCAUGCACAACAACAGCAUCAGUGUUGUGGAGGAACCCGUGCUGGAGUUAGAACCUCCAGUCACACCACACACUCCCACCACUCCUGGUUACUCUGUCCCAACGGUAGCUAAUGGAAUCGGGCGGUACCCGUCAUUCGGAGACGCCUCUUCAAGACCUUCAAGCCGUCACCCGUCAGUAGGCAGUGCUCGGUUACCAUCUGUAGGGGAAGAGUCAACACAUCCACUGCUGCUCAAUGAUGAGACGGUGCACACUUACGUCAACACGACGGGUCUCCAAGAGGAGCGGCGCAGUUGUAGCAGUGGACACGCCCCUCUGGAACUCCGACCGUCUCAUUCAGAGAACCCGCUGCCAGCCUCCCCCAAUGAGAUUGAGCCACGGGUAGUUUUGGAGCCAGAGGGUGCCAAGUUCGUUUUAGGCCCCACCCCCAUUCAGCGGCAGAGACGGCAGGAUUUUGGAGCGAACGGCUCUGGCAUAGAACCCAACGGCACUCCGGGCAAGACUGUGAACGGCUGCACCGGACCCGCCACAGACUGCGACACAGGUUACGAUAGCGAUGAGCGAAAGGAGGUGUCAUACGAGCAGCAUAACGGCACAGCCCCUUCUGUAUCCUCUGUUGCUAGACGCGUGAGACCCCCGGUGCCUCUCCCCGAUGCCAAUAAUGCCAACAACUCCGCCCAGAGGCGGACAGCGCUGCUCAACUAUGAGAACCUGCCGGCACUGCCGCCCGUGUGGGAGACUCGCAAACCUUACCGUGGGGCGGAGGACGAGGGGGAACUCAAGUCGCCCGCUCUCAAUGGAUUUCAUCCGUCGCAUUCCCUUGAUCCCCAGCAUAACUACGUUAACACAGAGAACGUUACGAUGCCCCUAAGCGCACACACGCAGAACUCUGGUACGCAGCCCAUCGUUUUUAACUUUGACUUCCGAAGGCUUGGGUUGAGUGACCCGCUUCGGCAGCUCAACUACAUUGAGUUGGAGAUGGACAAAGUAUCAGACUCCAGUGGGCCUCACACCCCGAAAACACCCACCACGCCCUUACCGGCCACCCCCACACGCCGGACAGAACUCUACGCUGUUAUAGACAUCGAGCGCACGGCCGCCAUGUCAAACCUUCAGAAAGCACAGCCACGAGAUGAUGGAACGUCCAGAAAAACACGACACAACAGUACUGAUCUACCAAUGUGACCACAGUGAAUCUGGAUGGAAUAAAAGUCAUUUUUUUUAUCAUCAUGAGAAACAUGUUCAGGUCACAUUUCACUUCCAAAACAAAGAAAUAAGAAUUUGUGGCAAUAAUUCUUCAUUUUUUUUAAAUCAGAAUCAUACAUAUACAUCCAGAAUGUAUAAAGCCCUUAAAAUAUGUAUAAUUCAAGCAAAAUAUCAUUCUUUCUUUCAUUUGAUUUUAGGGUGAACUAUGACCCGAACAUGUUUUUGUUCAGUUCCCUCGCAUGCACGGUAGAAGUAUGUACACCAGAACACAUCCAUCAUCCAUCAUCUAUGGUGGAGGAACACAGGUCUGAAACAUGUAAUGUAAAUUGCUUUGAUGGUCACUGAGGUAACAGCAGGUACUCGACAGAAUAACAUGACAGGUAUUGAUGAGGAAACACUACAAUGCUUUUCCAGACCUCAUUCACAAAUGCUAUGAUGUUUUUCUCUCUCGUUUCCAAAAUCAAAGUGUUGGAAAUACUUUUGUAAUUCACUCAUUUUGCACUUGAGAGCAAUAAACCAUGCUCAGUACGGUAUUUUAGAAUCACACGGUACACUGCGGUCACUUUAAAGACGCUUACAUUUACUCUUACAUUUACUCGUAAAGCAGCAUGCAGGUACGUGUGUGUGUGUGUGUGUGUGUGUGUGUGUGUUAGGGGCCUGUCACCAUAGACAUCUUUCUGAGCAGCUCUGUGUGAGAAAUCAUCUUUUCGUCUUUCUCGCUUCUCUUAGUUGCUAAGAAACCACAAUACGAAUGGGCUUAAUAGAGAUGCAGUAUGUACUGUAUGCGUGUAUCGGCCAACAUCAGUGAAAUCCUAUCAGUGUCAAGCAGAAAAAACAGGACUUAAUUUUUCUAAUUCCAAGCACAAGAAGGAAUAUAAAUAUUCAUCUUUCAAUGCCGGGUGAUAAAUGGUUUGUUUUGUAUUGUACAUAAAUGUCUUUCCUUUUUUUAUUUUAUUUGAAAACCAGAAUAAAUUCUAGAGUUUCAUAGUAAAGACAUUGUUUUCAAAACAUCACAGGAAUUGGGAUUUAUAUAUUUGAUAUGAUGACUGGCUGUCAAUGUCGUCCAAACGUUUCGUUAUCUGUGCAUUGCUGUAUUUAAAACAUUGGAGUAUUGAAUUGAGGAUUUUGGUGACAAUACUUACUAUAAUUUUAUCUGGGCUUUAUGGGUAGUUCACAAAGAAAACAGUGUUGCAUGGUGUGUGUGGUGUUAUAAAGGAAGGCAGGAAAGUCAUCUGCGGGAACACUACAUUUUGAUUUGGUCAGGUGCAUUAAGGUUCUUGAUAGAAACGAGAGGAUGUAGCUGUUUUCAGAAGGGCUCAGAGAAUGUACAUUACUUCACAUCACUGUGUCUUAGCACUAAACAUGAUUGUGUUUUUUUGAAUGUGGAUUUCCAUACAGUGGACACAUCUGUUUACGGCAUGUGGAACAGACAGCAGACGGUUGUCUGUUUAUAUAAGUUUAUAUUGUAAAGUUUAUUGUACAUGCUUAUCGCAUUAUAUCGUUUAUUUUCUACCUUUUUGGAAAAGUGUGCAAAUAUAGGAACAUUCACAUGUAAUAGUUGUAGAAACAAUCAAGCGGUAAUGAAAUUUGCCACAUCCUUUCUCCAGUGCCUGAGGAAAUGAUGCAUUUGUGUUUGAAAGCGUACAUUCCUAUGAAAGUAUUCCACGAUAUAUGAACGCUGUACUGAAACUAGUUUUGAUAUGUGCAUUUGAUAUUAUUGACAUCAGUUUAGCAAAAUGUUUGUAUUUUUUAAAAAGACAAAAUAUUGUGUAUUUUGUGAUAUGUACCGUUACACCCUCUGCCAUCAGUGCCAACUCUAUUUUUGUAGCAUGGCAAAAAAAUCAUUAAAAACAAAGAAACGUG